GAGACGGCACUGAAUAAUUUUGGUGCGCUUGGUGAUUUCCUGGAUCAGUAUGCGAGCAUUUGCAAUGAGAUAAUCACAUUUUUGGCGCACACACUUCUGCGUCUCUUCGAUGUGGCCAACAAUAUCAGCUCACCGGUGGAGAUAUUCACAAAUUUCUGCAUCUUCCUGCUCACCUUGCUAUUCUCUGUGUUUCGCUUUCUGCUCCAUGAAGUCAUCUAUCUCAUUACGGCUCCAAUUCGAAUUUCCUUCACCUUACUUGUCUCGCAUCCGUUAAUCUUAAUGACCCUCGUACUACUCUCGCUGCUUACAUGCACUGCUUUCAUCCUCAUUAUCAAGCAAAUCUCGAUCCUCGGAGUUCUCAGUGCCUCAGCCAGAUUCAUUGCACCGUUCGUCGGCCAGCUCUUCUAUACCGUCUUUCUGUAUCUUUACCCACAGUACUUCCUCAUCGUCCGUGCUUUGCAUUUGCUAUUUGUUCCCGUAAAAUUCCUGCUGAAGCCGUUUAUUGCUUUUUUGGAAUUUUUCGGUGCCUCAAAACGACGACGGCUGCGAGGGCGUCGUGCGUCGGGAUGUGACAACAGUGAGGUCAGUCGUAUAAUGUGCUGCGUUUGCUUCAUUCACGAGAAGUCCAUUCUGCUGCAGCCUUGUAAUCACAUUUGUCUCUGUGCAAAUUGCAUUGAGGAGCUGCUCGAUACAUAUGAGGUACCACUGUGUCCACUUUGCCGUGCAACCAUUACCUCAUACGUUGAUGUAUACUUGUAA